AUGUCUACUACAAAUGUCCAAUUAAAUUCUUUACGAUCAUCAGCCAGGUUUGGCAAAGAAAAUGCUUCACCUGUUGGGAAAGCUUUUAAAUGUGACGAUUGUUCUUAUACCUGUACUGAGAACAGUGAUCUUGUGAAACAUUUGGGUAUUCACACGGGAGAGAAACCCUACACGUGUAACGAAUGUUCAUAUUCUUGCUCUGUUCAAUCAAGUCUUGUUCAACACCAACGUAUUCACACAGGAGAGAAACCCUACAAGUGUAACCAAUGUUCAUAUUCUUGUGCUCAGAAAGGUAAUCUCACAAUACAUAUGAGGACUCACACCGGAGAAAAACCCUACAAGUGCAAGGAAUGUUCAUAUACUUGCUCUGUUAAAUCAAAUCUUAAUCAACACCAACGUACUCACACAGGAGAGAAACCCUACAAGUGUAACCAGUGUUCAUUUCGUAGUGCUCAGAAAAGUCGACUCACAUUACAUUUAAUAAGGACUCACACGGGAGAGAAACCCUAUAAGUGCAAGAAAUGUUCAUUUGCUUGCUCUGUUCAAUCUAGUCUUGUUCAACACCAACGUAUUCACACAAGAGAGAAACCCUACAAGUGUAACCAAUGUUCAUAUUCUUGUGCUCAGAAAGGUAAUCUCACAAUACAUAUGAGGACUCACACCGGAGAUAAACCCUACAAGUGCAAGGAAUGUUCAUAUACUUGCUCUGUUAAAUCAAAUCUUAAUCAACACCAACGUACUCACACAGGAGAGAAACCCUACAAGUGUAAAGAAUGUUCAUAUUGUAGUACUCAGAAAAGUGAUCUCAAGAGACAUAUGAGGACUCACACGGGAGAGAAACCCUACAAGUGUAAGGAAUGUUCAUAUUGUAGUGCUCAGAAAAGUGAUCUCAAGAAACAUAUGAGGACUCACACGGGAGAGAAACUCUACAAGUGUAAGGAAUGUUUAUAUUGUAGUGCUCAGAAAAGUGAUCUCAAGAGACAUAUGAGGACUCACACAGGAGAGAAACCCUACAAGUGUAAGGAAUGUUUAUAUUGUAGUGCUCAGAAAAGUGAUCUCCAGAGACAUAUGAGGACUCACGUCUCACACAGGAGAGAAACCCUACAAGUGUAA